GUUGCCCGUUCGCUGCCAUGGCGGCACCGGUGCUGCUGCUGCUGCCCGCUCUCCUCGCCGGGCUCCUCUGGUGCCCCAGAGCCGCUGCGAGCUACCCGCCUGCUUGCCACAAGUAUCGUAUGCCUGGAUGCCCAAGGAACUUCCUACCAGUUUGCGGGACUGACGGAGAGACCUACCCAAAUGAGUGCACGCUCUGCCUUUACAACAGUGAAAAUAACAAGCAUGUCCAGAUUUUCAAGGAGGGAGUAUGCUGAUUGCGGCAGAUGGCCACUUCUCAAGAAGAUCAGAGGGAUGCAGACAGUCCAAGUGGAAACAGUGCCUUAAAUGUACCUUCUGUGUAGCCUAUAUUAAUAAAUAAGCUUUCCUGUUUAAAAGAGCACUGUUACUGUAUUAAACAGUGUUA